AUCCUGCAGCUUUGAUAAAGCUGGGGAUCAUUUCAACAGUUUUAAAUGUGAUACCCUAACAGUUCUCUUGUUAUCCAAGAUGUCGUUCAGCACCUCUAACCAGUCCCUUAGCCAGCAGGUUUAUACCAGUUCUGGGAUGAAUGCUUCAGUAAUGACGACUCAACAGCACAUCAGUUUUAUUCCUGUACCACUGACACACAGUGUGGAAGUUAUUCCACCAAGUGGAUUUCCUCCUAGUUCAACAAGCUUUAAUCUUUCUAGUAACAGUCCCACUAGUGCCAACCAGGAACGACCAAAACCACAGAUAAUGAUACUUGAAAAAUUAAAGCAAUUAAGAGACGUAGGAAGAUAUUGUGAUUUGUUUAUUGAUGUUAAAGGCAUGCGGUUUAUUGCUCACAAGUCAUUGGUUGCUGCUUGGAGUCCAUAUUUUGAUGAAGCUUUGACUAGUACAGACUACGUUGAAAAAGACUUGCUGAUUGUUCACUAUGAUAGCUAUGAAGUAUUUGCUGAUUUUUUAGAAUUUUUGUACACAGGUACAAUUGCUCCAAGAGAAACAAAUUUUCUACAGCUGUUACAUUUGGCUGUUAGCUUCAAAAUUGACUUACUGAAAAGUUAUUGCGAAGAAUUCUUACGAUGCAACUUACAUCUGGGGAACUUUGUCAGUACCUACUUCUUGUCGAGGAAAUACAGUUUAGAUGAACUGGAAGAAUUUCUAGUUGGAUUUUUACAAUCAAAUUUAUCAGAUGCAGUAAAGCAGAGUGAAUUCUUACAAAUGAAAGCUGGAAAAAUUCAUGCUUUACUAUCCAAAGGAUGCAUGUUAAAAUUAAAACCAGAAAUGAAACUAUUUUUGGUGAUAAGUUGGGUAGGUUUUGAAGUUCAACCAAGAGAAAAGUUCCUGGUAUUAUUAUUAAAACACAUUGAUUGGUCAUCAGUUGCAUCAGACUUUUUACUAGAGAUCAGUCGUACUGAAAAUUUCUUCACAACUCAUGAAUCAAGCUUAUACCUUCUGUUACAGACAUUAUUCAGUUCUGGGAUUUCUUUGGGGCCGUAUACUGAAACUUUCUCAUCAUUGAGACACACCUAUUCUCAUUUGCUUACUGAAGUGGUCACCUCAGGAUUGAUAUUACCAGAGGUUGAUGAUUUUAUAGCAGUUACUGCAGUUGGUACAACAACAAGACAUAUAAAGCUUAAUACAGGGACAAACACAGACAACAUGCCUUACAUGUUCAUACAAUCUCAUACAGCAAAGCCUAUUAGUGAAUCAGAUAAUAGCUUUCAACCAGGAGAGAAUGAAGAAAAUUACAAUGAAUCAGCAACCAAUGAAAAUGAAGUAACUGGUUCCCAGUCAGGGGAACCUGUUGAACUAGAAGCAAGUAGCAAGAUAGUGACACCAGGGACUGAGAAAACUCCAAACAAAAGUAUUAGAGGGAAAGUUAAAAAGAAAAUAAAAAUAAUGUCAAAAGAUACUUUAGUGGUCAGCAGAAGUUAUACUCAACCUGAAUAUCAGCUGAGGUCAUCACCACAACCUUCAGGAGAAAGCCAAGGUCAUUCAGAAAAUAAUACAGAAGAUUCUACACAAAAUAAUGUAGAAGAAGAGAAAGAUGAAGAAUUUAAUGAAUACGAAGAAGAUGAAAAUGCAGAGGAAGAUGAAGAUUACAUACAUGAUAUGGAGGAGGAUGAGGAGGGCACUGAUACUGAGAAAAAUGAUGGCAAAAAAAGUUCCAAGAAGAAAAAAAUGACUCCUGUAUACAAUAUGGUCAAAUUAGAAUGUCCUCAUUGCACUUAUAGUACAAAGAUAGAAGGCAGGUUAAGAAAACAUUUGAAAUGGAAUCAUGAAAACGAUAUUCUAUUGCGAUGCACUGUGUGCAAUGCAUUUGAAACAAAAUCGAAUAGGGUAUACAGUGAUCAUAUGAAAAAACACUUUGAAGGCCCUCCAUUUAAUUGUGAGGUUUUUGGAUGUGAUUAUUCUACAGAAAAGUUCCAAACAUUAUUAAUUCACAGAAUGAAACAUUUCGAAGAACGUCCAUAUGCUUGUGAGAUUUGUAAUGCCAGAUUUAGAACGAGGAAUAAUUUGUACGCUCAUAAGAAGACUCAUACAGGGAAAAGACCAUUUCAAUGUCCACACUGUCCAAAGUCAUUUGCUGUGAAGAACACACUUGAUCAGCAUUUGGUAAUCCAUGAUGACCUCAGGCCAUAUUUAUGUGACUUUUGUGGAUUUGCAACUAAAUAUCAAUCACAUUUAACAGCUCACAAAAGAACACACACAGGUGAAGUUUUCAAAUGUGAGCAUCCAAAAUGUAAUUACACAACACCAAAGAGAAGUCAGUUAAAAUGUCACAUGCGGACACACCUUGGUAUACGUAGCUAUGUUUGUGUAGAAUGUGGUAAAAGCUUCAUAGAGAAAAGUCACCUUAAGAGACACGAAAAAAUACACCUAAGUGAUAAACCUUUUAAAUGUGUUCUAUGUGAUUAUAGUACUAAUAGAAAAGACAAAUUAAAGUAUCAUCUUAAUAAAAGUCACGAACCAAAUGGAGAGAAAAAGACCAAAGGUCGUCCAUCAAAACCAAGGAUAAGGAAACCUCUUCAACAAGUACCACCACCGAUUAUACUGACUCAAGGAGGAAAAAUUCAAUUACCGCCAACCAAUGUAAUAAUGACUCAAUCAAAAUUAGACAUGGAUCAAGCAGUGUAUGUCAAAAACUUUGAUCAUUCUGGUUAUACCAUUCAGGGUAUUACUCCUGACACAGGAGCACAUGCUCUCACAUUAGAAGAAAUAAGACGGGCUCAGUUUGGUCAUGGUAGUUUAGAAGGUGUGACAAUUCAAGUGCCAAUCACUAUGGAACAUCUGGUCAUGGCUAGUGAUGAGGUCAAUAAAACUUCUACAUCGCGCCCUUUACCAACUACUAGUCCAGUAACCCCUGUGACAUUGAUUCCAGAAGAUCAUCAGACAUACAUACAGAAUGUUAUGACUCAGGUUCCUAUGACAUCUGCUGGACAACAGAAUACUACCCAGAGUCAAGAUUAUAGCCAGCUUGGUCCAUUCAUUCAGGCUUUAUUUUGAAUGUAUAAAUAAUUUUUUUGUAAAUUUGAGUUUGUUCUGAAAGUUUUGGGAUUUUACUAUUUGAGUAGACCCAGUGUCCACCUCUGUGAGGUCCUUUGUGUCUUAAGCCAUUUCUUAAAAAAUUACAACAUUUGGUUUGAUAAUUAAUAUUAAAAAACAUUUGGAUCAGGGGGAAGGAAAAAAUACUUCAGAUUGAGAUUUUUGCCAUUAGAUUAACACAGAAAUUAAAUUCCACUGCUAUUGCACUUUGGAUUUUAUCUUUAGGGUUUAUCAAGAAUAUUUUGGGAAGUUGCAAUCUUUGUUAUCGUAUAUUAUUUUGUUCUGUGGUUCAUUGGUGCAUUUUUAAAAGAUAUUUUUAAAUGAUUAUAAUAUAUGUUUUCUGUGUUCAAGAAUUGUUUUUUUUACUCUAUGUCCCCAUAGUCAUUGUGUAGACUGCAUUAUUUAUGGAAAGGUAAGAGUAUAUAAGACUCAGAUUUCUCAACAUUCUUCUACUUCAGGGAUCUUAGGUCAUAUAGGUUAUGAUUUAUUGUUCCAGGUAGGGUACUAGUUUGUAUAGGGUAACAGCUAUGACCCUAUAUGGUCUUCGACCACUUUAAGUACAAGAAGGCAACUUUGUUUUACCAUAUAUGCAACCAUGUUUGUUUUGUUUUGGAUUUUGAAGACAUAAAAUAUAAAUGAACUAAACUUUGUUAUAACUCAUGUUAUCUGAAUCUAUACAUGUAUGUAUUUAUUUGUUUGGUUUUGUUUUAAAUUAUUAUUAUUAUUAUUAUUAUUUAAUAUGAAUAGAAUGAACAAUGUUGAAAAUGAAUUAUUAUAAACUGUGUUUGUAAAAUUCUUUAUUGAAAAGUAUAUAUAUCAGAAGAAUUUCACAUUUAUACUUGUUUAAAGAGAAAUUUUGAGGCUCAUAAUAUAAUAAUGAAAGAUACAAUAUUUUUUAAUUGAUUAUGAAUAGUUGUUGAAAAGUCUGAUAAAUUUCCAUAAUUUUAACAAAAAUAAAUUUUCUGCCAGACAAAUAAUAUUUGUAGAAUCUGUUGGAAGUAUUUAGAAUGUAGUUAGAAUACUUUUGAAUUUCUCAUCUAUUUAAUUUUUCAGGAAGAGGUUUAAGAGUCAUUAUUUGGCCCCUGGUAUUGCAAAAAUAGAUAAUCUAUUAGUUGAUUUAAUCUUCUCUCAACAUGUAUGUAAAUUUAUUCACAUAUAACAGGAUUUAAUGUUCAGUAAGAAAUAUCUUUAAAUGAGUUGAAGAGUUAUUAUUUGUUGUUGGCAUGUACAUGUAUACUCAUACAGAAUCAAUAAAAGCACAGAAAGUUUCAUAUUUUUAAGUUAUUUAGAACAGGUUUCUUUAUAAUGUGAUAUGAUACUUGUUCACGUAUUCGCUUAUGACAAUUAAAAUUUUAUAAUAUCAUA